AUGCAUCGGGAAGAUAUGAUGCAAUUCGUAUAUAUGCCGCGGUACUACAACAUCGAGUACCAGAAUGAUUUUUGGAAUGGCCUCUCAAAAGCGGAAGUGCUCUCCUUCAUCCUGGACAAACUUGAGAUUGGAAACGAUCCGUAUGUUAAAGUUAUGAGGCAAAAGAACGACCCGAGGAAUCAGCAGAAACUUUUCGACGCCAUAACUAAAAGGAAAACCCCUUGCCUUGAGCAGUUGACAAAAUGUUCCAAUAGGAUGGCAGUCAUCCAUGAAGAGCUUGGCCCCUGGGCUGCGAACAGUUUCCUUACUCGCUGCAUGAAACAGCUCCGGGAUAAAUACUCCAAUAGCCCCGAGACAAAUUGGACAGAUUGGGAUCGAGAAGAUCACUUGUACAUCACCAGUGUGCUAUCACAGGUAACCCCUUCAAAUCUUGAUGAGUACUUGGAUGUUGAACCAAACGAAGUAUCUACAAAGGUAAAUAAAUUGAUUGAUUUUCUGGAGAACGAACACGUCAACGGAUCUAUUGGAAUAAUCUUUGCUCGAGAACGAUCGACUGUCGUCAUGCUCACGCAUUUGCUGUCUCUGCACCCGCGCACGAAGCAUAUUGGAACGAUUGCUUUUUUAGGAAGCUCGUCCUUUGCUUCUCGAAAAUCUGACAUUACAGAACUGCAUAAUACCAAAGCGCAGAUGACUGCUCUGGAUGACCUUCGCAAUGGCAAGAAAAAUCUUAUCAUAGCAACGUCUGUCCUCGAAGAGGGUAUCGACGUGCCGGCCUGCGAUCUUGUUAUCUGUUUUGACUUUCCCCAGAACCUAAGGUCUUUCAUACAGCGGAGGGGAAGAGCAAGGAAAAAGGGGUCUAAAUUUGCUCUUUUCGUUGAUAUACAGGAUCACGCGGCCAUUAGCACGCUAAAGGCAGUGGAAGAAACAAUGAAAGGUUUAUACCUCGAAAACGAAAGGACGCUAGAGGAACUCCAGCUCUUGGAGGAAGCUGAGGAGGAUGGAUAUGAUGGCUUCCGCAUUAAGUCAACAGGGGCCCUGCUUACACUAUCAAAUGCUCGAAACCACCUUUCACAUUUUUGUGGGAUCCUAGCCUGUGAAUACGCAGAUACAGAGCCUACAUUCAUGGUCCAAGGCGAUGAAUUAAGCGGGCUUUCGGCUAAGGUUAUUCUACCCAAUUUCUUUGAACCUCGCCUCCGAGAAUUUCGCGGAAUCUCAACGUGGAGGACAGAAAGGAUGGCUAAGAGAGAUGCUGCAUUCCAAGCAUACGUAGCGCUAUAUAAAGCAGGGCUAGUCAAUGACUAUCUGAUGCCCAUAAACCAUCGAGAAAACAGCGCAGAUGAUGUUGGUAGCAUGGAACGACCGAGUUUUGCGAAUGUGUCGGAUAUUUUUGACCCUUGGGCAACUGUUGCAAAUCAAUGGCAGAAAGCAACUGAAUUAUAUCAAAGUGUCAUCGAGAUAAGCACCGACUCCCAAGUUAUUUCCCCAAUGCUUAUGGUUCUCCCGGUAGGGUUACCAUGUGAUAUUUCAUUCAGGCUCUUUUGGGACGAAAAUACUACUUUCCUGGUUUCUGCCACAAGGACGACUCAAAAAUUUGCGGCUGAACUUGUCAGCCUUGCUGCCGAUACGACCUCGAUUCUUCUCUCGUCUUUGUUCUCUCAAAAAAUGAUGCCUGGAAAACUAGACUUUUCUUGGUUAUUUUUACCUCGCAUGGACUUAAUCGAAUCCUCUAUUAAGGAAUGGUGCAAAUCUGUCCGAGGAAAGAUCUUUUUAAACGAUAUCGAAAAGGAUUCGACCGCCCUCAAGGCCCUUGGCCUUGUGAGACGAAUUGAUAAUAGAUCGCGGCCUUUUACCUUUGAGGAUCUGGUAUGGAAAUAUAUUGAAAAUGAAGCGACUGAUGGAGCCAACGUCAAUGAGGAAGAUACCGCCAGCUGCGAGGUGCUACAUGUCGAAGGCAAAGUGUGGCCUAAACGCACUGAUUUUUUGCAUCCGGUAGCAAAUUUGGAUACCUCCAAAAUGCAUCAUACUGCAAAAUGUUUCCACCCAGCGAGUGAAUGCACGAUCGAUAAACUACCAAUACAAUAUACCCGAUUUACAUUGUUUAUCCCUUGCUUAAUACAUAAUAUCGAGAAGACCCUAAUUGCGGAUGAGCUAGCUCGAACGAUUUUACGUCCAGUCAAGUUCAGUGACCUAUCACUUGUUUUAACAGCCAUUAGCUCAUCUGUUGCUCGGGAGGCCUCCAAUUACCAGCGUCUAGAAUUUUUGGGAGAUAGCCUCUUAAAGUUAUAUACAUCAAUCGAGCUCGCUGCAAAAAACCUGCAAUGGCCAGAAGGACUUUUGACAAGCAGGAAAAGCCAUGUUGUCUCAAACAGCCACCUGGCAAAAGCAGCGACAGAGACAGGGCUGGAUAGGUUCAUCCUCACGAAGCCCUUCAGCGGCGCUAAAUGGCGUCCUUCAUACAAUACAGAUCAUGUCCACGCUGGCGACGAAGAGGGAUCACCGAGAGUGAUGUCUACCAAAGUGUUGGCAGACGUUGUUGAAGCUCUAAUUGGCGCAGCAAACAUUGACGGGGCUGAUGAGAAAACAUUGGAUUGUUUGAAAGUGUUCCUUCCAGAAAUCAACUGGUCUCCGUUGGAUGAAAGCGUUGGCCUCCUUUAUCGCAAUGCGACCGAUUCUGGCGACGAGUAUAGUAUGGUCUUGCCAGAAAUCGAGGAACUCUUGGGAUACACUUUCACCAAGAAGUCUCUCGUUUUGGCUGCAUUGACCCAUCCGAGCAGCACCACCUCCCGCCACUCCUACCAACGACUCGAAUUUAUCGGUGACUCGGUGUUGGAUAUCAUAGUAGUCCAAGCCUUAUUCGGAUCACCGAGGGAGUUCGCACAUUAUAAUAUGCAUCUUAUGCGCACGGCACUGGUCAACGCGGACUUUUUGGCUUUUUUAUGCAUGAACGUAUACGUGGAAAAGGAUCGAGGCGAAGCGGUAGAGAAUAUCAAGAAAAAGGUGAAAAUUGAAAUGACAAAACGGAAAAGCCACCUUUGGGGAUUUAUGAAGCACUCACAGUCCUGGGAUAUCGUUCAUGCCCAAAAUAGCGCCAUAAAACAACACGAAGAACUGCAAGAGGAAAUCAAUGAGAGGCUAAACUCAUCGCAAUCGUACCCCUGGACACUCCUUUGUCGUCUGGAUGCAGCCAAGUUCUUCUCAGACAUCAUCGAAAGUAUCCUCGGCGCGAUCUUCAUCGACUCUCAAGGUUCGAUGAGUGCAUGCGAGGCCUUCCUUGAACGCAUCGGAUUGAUGCGGUAUGUGAGAAGGGUCUUGUCCGAGAACAUUGAUUUCAUGCAUCCAAAGCAGCGAUUGGGCCACUUGGCCAACGCCCUUUCAGUCCGGUACGAGACCAAGCAGACUCUGGAAAGCGAGGCGCGACGAUGGGAGUGCACCGUUCGUGUAGGAGACGAGGAGAUUGUGCGUGUUGGAGACGGCAUCAGUAACAUAGAGGCCGAGACUAGAGCCGCUGAGGCCGCCGUGGCCGUUUUGCGAACAAGGGAAUGCAGAAAUGAGAGUCAAAUGCCAGAUGAUGGGAUGUCGGAAUAA